UCCUCUCCUUCCUCAUCUCCCAACCAGUCCCUAUGUAUUCAUAUUGUCAUCUCUCUGGUCCACGUAGCCUAGUACAGCUAACCCUCUGGCCAAGCUAACUAGUUCUGUCUUCUUGUUCUAGAACCUUGUCAAGCAGAAACCCUCAGUGCUGUAACAUUUUCUGACUUUCCUCAUUCAGUCGUGAGCUGACAUUUAUUGGGUGUCUAGUAUGGCUCAGGAUGUGGCAACACUAAUCUGUUUGGGGACCGGAUCUUGUCCUUGAAGAGCUAAGCAUGUGGCAGGAGACGACACAACACAGGCAGCGGGCAUAAGUGAAAAACCAACUCCUCGCGGCGGGCGGAAGAGGAAAAGGCGAAGCCCAGGAAGACCCUCAAGCCCUCUUCAUGCCAUUGGCUGUCUGGUGUGAGUAUGCAAAUGAGGAGACGUCACUUCCUAUAAUAGCUGGCCGCCAUCUUCUCGCACAUGCCAGUGCGGGAAGACAGACGAGUGGUGAGCAGCUCCGACUAGCAAGCUGAGGAGAGGCUUGAGGGCCUCCCAGUGGCAGAACAUUUCAAAAAUGUUUCAAGUUCCUGUGGAAAAUCUGGACCAAAUCAGAAGUAUGCGGCCAUGGGUGAAGAGCGUUCUCCUGAAUAUUGGACUUGCUGGCUGCAAAGAAUUGUUGAAGGACCUUAAAGGCUUUGGCCCAAGUGACAGAUACUUUUAUAAUACAUCUUGGCCAGAUAUUGCUUCAAGGGAACUUGUCAGAAAGAAAGUGAGAUACAGAACCAAGCCAUACUGCUGUAGCCUCUGCAAAUACUCAGCAAAUGUGCUUGCUUCUCUCAAAAAUCAUUUGAAUCAUUGUCAUGAAGAUGAGGUGGACCAAGAGCUGCAGAUCCAGUGUCCAGAUUGCUCAUUUGCUUCUCGGCCUGAUGUGGUGAGCAGGCACUUCUGGUUGUUCCAUGAACCUGCUGGGAAAGUUCACAGCCCAAAGGAGAAAGUUCUGGGAAAUGGGAAGUCAUUGAAGGGUUAUGUAAAACAUUUUACUUGUUUAAAAUGUAACUUUUCCAACACUUCCUUCUGUAGCAUGAAGAAGCAUGUGCUGAUCACCCAUUUUCAUUCUUUACUUAAUGCCUACAUUGGCCUUCAAACUAAAGAAGACCAGCAGCAGCCAAAAGCUGCUAUUCUUUCUGGGGUAAACACUCUACCACCUGAAAGAUUCUAUUGUAAAAAGUGUAGUACCACUAUGAGUAGCCAGGAAGAGCUCAUGUCCCAUAUUUUAACAUCAGAUGUACACAAGAAUUUGGAGAAUAAGUUGAGGUCUGUGAUUUCAGAACACAACAAGAGGACUGGGCUUCUGAAGCAAGUGACCAUUGCUCCAAAGCCACAGUCAGGCUUGUCUAGACCACCAAACAGCAGUGCUCUACAUACAACUACUUCAUCAAAGCCACCUUGGCCCCAUCUUACCUUGCCACAGAAUACCCCAAGUCUAUCCAUGGUACAGCCAGUGACUUUGGCCCAACCUGUGACUUCUGCCCAUGUACAGCCACGGGUGGGGGUUCCAGGAUCUUCCUGGAGUCUCACCCAUUCUCUAUCUAAUACUACUCAGUCCCAUGUGGCUUUUGUCUCAAGCCCUCUACCUGUUAGCCAGACCAGCCUCACACUGCAGCCUUCAGUCCCCUCAACUGUCAUUUUCUCAGGCAGGGCUUCACCUAAUAAGCCUGUAGAUGUUCCUGCACUACCUGUGAGUCGGCCACUUGGGCCUGUGAAUAAGUCUGUUGGAAUGAGCAAUAUCCCAAUGAGUCAAGCCAUCCAACCUGGGAUUUUACCCUUAACACAGCCCAUGGGGUCUACAAUUCUACCUUUGGGUCCUCUAGUAAGAUCAGUGGGGCCCACAAGCAGACUGACCAGGCCGGAUACCCCUUCUUCUGGUCUUUCUGUCAGUAAUGGGGUUCUGCAGACCACAACACCAGGAACUAUUUCUGUGGGCCAGGUGGUCUCAUUGGCAGUCCUUCCUGAAGGUCAGAUGACCCCGGCUUCUGUGAUUCCUGCACAGACAGCAGCUUCUGGGGUUCUUCCCACUGGCCAAGCAGUCCAGUCCAGGGUUCUUCAUAUAGGUCAGACUGUCUCAUCACAGGUUCUCCCCUCUUGUCAGACAGUGUCUUUUAGGGUUCUCCCUACAGAUCAUUUGGCACCAUCUGGGUUGCUGUCCCGCAAACAGCUGGUGGUCUCGGAUGGCUCUGUAAACCAGGGUGUGAGCUCUCGUAUUCCUCUGCUUGGUCAGCCUAUUACAUCAGGAGUCCUUCCUGCAGGUCCACCAGUUAGACCCAGUGUGCUUCAGCUUACACAGUCUGUUGGUCCCAGUCUCCUGCCAGUGAGCCAAUCAGUGAGAGCUGAAGUUUCACAGAAUACCCUGUUCCUCAAGUCAGGCUCUGGUUUUAGGAAGCUCCUUCCAACAGGAACACAGGUUAAUGGGAAGCCCAUUUACAUGCUGGACCCCAUUCCCAUCACUCUGCCUAUUCCUCAGGGUGCUAGCCUUACGACUAUCACUCCGCCCCAGGGGCCCCACAAAUUUCUCUCCCCUAGUGUGAGUACACAGAGGUCCAGUGCUCUACCCAGCUUGUCUUCCUCACAGGGGCGGGUAAGCACUGCAGACCAGAAUAUAUUUGUUCGGGUCUCUUCACCUGAGGUCAGACAGGCCAACCAGUGGAAAAUCUGCCCAGUUUGCAAGGUGUUCUUUCCGUCUAAUGUCUACCAGGCCCACAUGGAAGUGGUUCACAGACAAAGUGAGUUUAACUCCAGUGAGAAGCUUGAACCAGUAAAGCUGGCUGUGUGUGCACCGUUUCUGAAAUGGACAAGAGAGAAAGCCAUGCGCUGCCUCUCCUGCAAAUGCUUAGUCUCAGAGGAGGAGUUAAUGUACCACUUACUUACACAUGGCUUGGGGUGCCUGUUUUGCCCAUGUACUUUCCACAACAUUCAGGAUCUUUUGGAGCAUAGCAGAAUUAAACACCUUGGGAGGAAGAAGCUGUCUUUGGAUUAUAGUAACAGGGGCUCCCAAUUAAGCCUGGAUGCUAAUGGCAACCUGUUGGUCCCCCAUCUUGAUUUCAUCAUCACUUUGCCAAAAGAGAUGAUUGGAGAACAGGAGAUCUGCCUGGCUAUCCUUUCAGGGAUAUACUCCACAUCACUGGUACCCUUGUAUGUUAAGGUGAGGUCUCAGGUUAAGGCUGUACCUAAGCUCAGCGAACAAGAGCUGACCUGUCCUCUCUGUUUGAGCAUAUUCAUAAUAGCUGAUGCCUACGUGUUACAUUUGAAGGACAGACACCAUAUUAUGCCAGUGGCCUACACAGGGCUCAGUUCCCCCAUCUUCAGGUGUGUCCACUGUCGUGGAGUCUAUUCUGGAAACCUGACUAUGGCAGCCAUCUCUCUUCAUUUGCUGUAUUGUGAAUAUGCUCCUAAAGGCAACAGCUCAGACCAAGUUCAGUCUAGUUUUGUUGAGAGCAGGGAGCAACAGUUUGUUAAUGGGAAAAAGAUUCUUGAUUCUACCUGUCCUGUAAAAAGAAAGUGGCCAGAUGGCCAUUUGGGGGCAGAAGACCAUAGGAGGGAUAGAGAAGAUUCCUUGCAUGUACUAAAGGGUAAUGCACCCUCAGGUCUAGAAGAAGGGACUAACGCUGUACCUUUGAAGAGACAAAGGAAUGAAAGCACAAGUCAGGGACUAGUGGUCAAUGAUGAUUUACUCCAGAUCCUAGCAUUAGAUCCCCAAAAAUAUAGAGACUGCCAUGAGAAAAAAAAGCAGUUUCUUAAAGAUUAUUUCCAUAAGAAACCAUAUCCUACCAGAAAAGAAGUAGAACUGUUGUCUUUAUUCUUGAAAAUGGACAAAAUUAAUGUGGCUUUGUUUUUUGGAACAAGAAGAUAUAUCUGCUUAAAAGCAAUAGAAGUCCACAGACCCUCGGUACUUCUAGGUUUUAAUAUGUCUGAACUUAAAAAUGUUAAACACAGACUGAACUUUGAACCACAAAACUCAGUUUAAAGUCCUGGGCAGUAGUCUGUGUUGUACCCUCCUUUGCUCUUUGUAUUGUUUUCUGUGGCUUUUCUGGGUGUUGCAGGUGCUCAGGAAUACUUGGGUUAAGAAGUAAAUAUUACUCCAAAUGUACUGAUCCCUGUAGUUCUGUCUCAGCAGUUAUUCCUAAGUCGCCCCUGCAACCUACUAUGUGAAUUAAGUUUUGGUAUUUCCGAACCUUACCAUGUGAAUUAAGUUUUGGUAUUCCAUAUAUUCCUUAUUCCUAGGAGCUCCAAAUGAUAAAUAACCUGGCCAACAGAUACUUGUCUUUUCAUUUUAGGACAUUUUUACUUGUUUGUAAAUGAUUAGUUGAAAAUAAGAGCAUUGUUUUGGAGUGUUAGAGGCAGCAGCCAAGGGCAUAGCAGUGUUUAGAGAAGAGGGCACUGUCAUGUAUGUGGCUUUCUAAGCACAUUUUUAAAUAUUAACUUCUGUUAGUAUUUGCUUACCACAUUAUAAUUUUGAUUUAUAUUUUCAGGUUUGUCCUGAAAUCUUAAAAAAAAACACAACUCAUAGAAAAACUAAAUGUUUCAUUAUUAAAAAUAUCUCCAUCUCAGGGUCUGAUGUGUAGCUCAUAAUGUUAUUUAAUAAGUCAAGUAUUUGAAGGGGCAGGAAUGCAUUCCCUUGUGAACUUUAUAGUGACAAAUCAUUUCUCCAUUAAAAGCUAAUACAAUUUUUAAGCACCUUUAGAAUAGACUUUAAAAAGACACACAGAGAAUUCUUUCUUACUUGAACUGCUCAUAAGCAAGUAAGAGGAAAGUGCUAUGGACUCAUGUAUAGAAUUCUUGUCCUUGUGUGUGGAUCCUUCUUGAGUACAGGUGUCAGGCUUAUGAUAAAAGGGGUAGAUCAGGAACUCUGUCUUCAUGGUUGGAGCAACUUAGUAGAUGUGUUACAGUUGGGAAGAUGGAAUUUCCUCUGGCCCAGGUAUCCCAGUAAUGCCUGAGUAGUUCAGGUAUUACAAGGAGUCUGUGUUAUUGUGUUACUGUUCUGUGGAUGUCAAACCCUCUGUUUUCCACACAAUAUAAAGCACCAGCACAGAGCAUAGUAUUGCAGACCAGUCAGCUUAGGUCUGGAAUUACUGCUCAGCCCCUACACCCAGCCCUACCCCACACCUCUGGUAAAACAAACAAACAAAAAACCACCAACUAACCGAAAAACCCCCAAAUCUACUUUUGAUCAAGAGGAUGUGCUCAAGAAGAAGGAAUACACAGAGGAAGUGUACUUGGUUUUUAUUCUGAGGAAGGUGGUAAUUUUAUCUUUUCCUCAUUGGCUGGGGGGUCUGACCUCUGCUAGUCUAAAAGAAUGAGUGCAUAAGAAAAUGGAGGAAGGGGAAAGGAGUUACUGCUCCAAGGAGGAAAGGGUCAUUGCUUCAGGCUAUCAAAUUCUUAGAAUAGAAAUAGGACCUUUGAGUAAAUAAAAGUUUUACUUGAAGUGCGGUGGGGGAGGAUUAACUCCUAAACACAAAUUGUAUAGUAUUUGAUAGAAAAAAACUCAUAUUUUAUAUUUCUUACAAAUCCCUCUUUUUUUCUUCUUUUAACAUACUCUUUUCUUCAAACUCAUUAUGGUUUUCUUUUUCUGCUCUAUCUUGGAAUAAGAAACUGCCAUGGGGAGGGAGUAGUACCUGUUUAUUAACAGUUGACUCAACUGUCUUGUAUUAGGUUCCGAGUAUAAAAAAUUGUUACAUCUGUUUUAGCAUGGCUUAAACUGAGUCCACCUUCCUAAUCGUAGUUCGCCUGUCAGGAGAUUGACCUACCUGCUUUUGAAUGUCCAUGGAAUCAUUGCCCUUUGAUGUGUGAAGGAGGAGCUUGUCUCCCUUCAGGUGAAGUUCCCAGGGUGUGGGGCUAGAGGAAGUAUUACAGUGUUGCUAUGUGGAUUUUUUAAAAUGUAAUAUUUGCCUGUAAUAUUUGUAGCAUGCAUUUAGGCACUUGUGAAUCUGCUCUGACUAUUGGUACACACUAGUCAAUUCUGAUAGCUUGUUAAGACUUUUUUGUUAUUAUUACUAUUUUUUUUUUACCUAUUUUCAGAGUGUUUACUGUGAAUUAAAAUUUGUUAUACCACUGCCAAAAAAUAAAGUUUACUUUGGGACACAUUUAUUUUA